GAGAGGCGCGCGCUGUGCUUGUGGCUGUACCUGCUGCGCUCGCCAGCGGCAUGGAGGAAAUCCUGGCUAAGUUUGUGUCCCAGAAGAUCAGCAAAACCCGCUGGCGACCGGUCCCUCCCGGAAGCCUGCAGACGGCGGAUACCUUCGCUACAGGUUCUUGGGACAAUGAGGAAAAUUAUGUUUCUCUGUGGUCUAUUGGAGACUUGGGGAGCUUGGACUCUGAUGGAGGGCUUGAAGGAGACCAUCAGUUAUUGUGUGAUAUCAAACACCAUGGAGAUGUAAUGGAUUUGCAGUUUUUUGACCAAGAAAGAAUUGUAGCUGCUUCAUCAACGGGAUGUGUAACAAUUUUCCUUUACCGCCCAAAUAAUCGGGCUCUGUCAGUCAGUCAGCAGUGGACAACAGCUCACUACCACACGGGGCCAGGCAGUCCUUCCUGUAGCAGUGCACCCUGUACAGGUGUUGUAUGCAACAGCCCAGAAAUUGUCACGGUUGGAGAAGAUGGUCGGAUAAAUCUCUUUAGAGUGGACCACAAGGAAGCUGUAAGAACAAUAGACAAUGCAGAUAGCAGUACACUCCAUGCUGUAACCUUCCUUCGAACUCCUGAGAUUAUUACAGUAAAUUCGAUUGGACAGUUAAAAAUAUGGGACUUCAGACAACAAGGAAACGAGCCCUCUCAGAUAUUAUCUUUGACUGGUGACCGAGUGCCACUCCACUGUGUUGACAGACAUCCCAACCAGCAGCAUGUUGUAGCCACCGGUGGUCAGGAUGGCAUGUUGAGCAUUUGGGAUGUCAGACAAGGCACCAUGCCGGUGUCUCUGCUGAAGGCUCAUGAAGCUGAAAUGUGGGAAGUUCACUUUCACCCAUCCAACCCAGAUCAUCUAUUUACUUGUUCUGAAGAUGGGUCCCUCUGGCAUUGGGCUGCCUCCACAGAUGGACCUGAAAAAUCAUCACUCUUUCACCAAGGAGGAAGAAACAGUACUUUUUUGUCUCAUAGCAUUAGUAACCAGGCUAAUGUUCACCAGUCUCUCAUAAGCUCCUGGCUUAGCACUGAUCCUGCAAGAGACCGGAUUGAAAUCACAAGCUUGCUUCCCAACAGGACUUUGUCUGUGAACACUUUGGAUGUAUUAGGGCCUUGCCUUGUUUGUGGAACUGAUGCAGAAGCAAUCUAUGUAACUAGACAACUUUUUUCAUGAAAAUACUAUAAUUAUGAAAAUUUCAGGUAAAGGCAUACAGUAAGCCUUUGAAAUCUCAACUUCUAUGCAAAUUUUUAUUAUUGAAAAGUGAAGUUUGUGAGGAGGGGGGAGGCUUCAGAUAAAUAUCAGUGCCCAGUUUUGGCUUUUGUUAGUUUGCUAUUGCUCUAACAGUCACAGCUUCUGAUAGAUGGCAAAGAAUUUGAACAUGUAGAAGAACCAGAGAGGGAUCCUUGUGCAGAUGAAGAUAACUAAAUAUACUGCCUUCAAAUACUCUUCUGGACUGUUCAUGAACCACUGUCAAAACUACCAAGAGGUUCCUAUCAUUUGUAUCACCAGUAUUUUGGGUACAUACCUCUCCAGUGGCAUUAGCCAGUAUUACAGUUUGUCCUUUUUAUUUGCAAGUCUGUUCUUCAGUCCUUCCGUGUUUUAUUUCCUUAAUAAUUUUAAGGUUUUUCAGAAAGAAUUAUGGAUAGAGCAAAAGAUAACGUUUUUGUACUGCUCAACCUUUUUUUAAAGGGGAUAUGUCUUGACAGGUUCCUUUAUUAAACUAUGCUGGGACAGAAUUCUGUCUCAACUUUAUAUUUCAAAAAAUAUAUACACAUAUUUUUUUUCCCAUAAGGAUUUUUGCUUUUGGUUACUUCUGUGACAUAUUUGAAAAUUGCCAAGCUGGAUAUUGUGCAAUAAAAUAGAAUUUGACAUUGAA